AUGAACAACUGUACCCCACGGUUUGUACUGCACUGUGGACUGUAUCUAUACUGAGUACUGGUGUGACCGACUGGCUGUCUGCUGUGCCACUAGCGCUACUACUGCCUAGUGCGAGUCCCAGUAUACCUGGCAGGGUUCGGAGCUCUGCUAAGUGCACUCUUCUCUCUCUCGAUUGCGGCGUUAUAUCGUCGUGAGAUGGGUUGUGGUAGUUCACAGUCGAUACAAACCUCCGACAUGAGUGGUGAACCAGAUCCCUUCUUCGACCUCAUCAUCGAUGAGAGUCUUCAGCGCAAUGAGUGGCCUGAAGAAAAGGAGAAGAAGUACCGGCAAGAUGAGAAGCAGAGCCUCAUGCUCAAGACGAUGAACAAGGAGAUGUUUGAACGCUUCAAGAAUCACAAGACAGCCGUGGCAGGAUGGACCAUAGCUCGCGCAAUCAACACCGGUAUCAUGUAUCCUGGGUCGUUUGUAGGCUGUCAUGCUGGUGAUCUGGAAUCCUACACCGACUACAAAGAACUAUUCAACCCAGUCAUCGAGGCAUACCACAAGGGCUUCAAAAUGGACGGAUCCUGUCGUCACGUGACCGACCUUGAUUCGUCCAAGAUGCAGAACACACUAUCAGGCAGCGCCAAGGGCAGGAUCAUCUCAACGCGUAUCCGUGUUGCAAGGAACUUGUCCAUGUUCCCGCUGAACCCAGGCGGAACCAAGGAAACACGUCUGGAGAUUGCCGACCUCAUGGGAAAGGUGUUCGGCACACUGGACGGUGACUUGGCUGGCCAAUUCUUCCGCCAUUCCAACAUGACACCGGAGCAAGAGAAACAGCUCGUUGACGACCAUUUCCUUUUCAAGGGUCGCGACAAGAUGCAGGCCGCCAGUGGUUAUCACCAGCACUGGCCGCACGGUCGUGGAAUCUUCCUCAACGCCGAGAAGACGUUCCUGCUGUGGAUCAACGAGGGAGACCACUGCCGUAUCAUCAGCAUGGAGCAGGGUGGUGACGUCAAGAGAGUGUUUGAUCGUCUCGCGGCCGGCAUUGCAGCCAUCGAGGCCGGUGUGAAGAAGGUCACUGGGAAGGAGAAGGCCUUCAUGACCCACGACAUUAUCGGAUGCAUCACCUGUUGCCCUAGCAACAUCGGAACGGGCAUGCGUGGCAGUGUUCAUAUCAAGGUGCCGCUGCUGAUUGCCAAGCACGGACUUGAGGGACUGGAUGCCAUGUGCCGUGAGAAGAACUGCCAGGCCCGCGGUACCAUGGGAGAACACACUCAGGUGAUCGAUCGUAUUGAUGUCAGCAACUGGCGUCGCCUUGGUUUCCCGGAGUACCAGCUGGUGGACAACAUGAUCGAAACCGUAAACCUUCUAGCACAGAUGGAAGAUGAGCUGGAAGCCCAGGCUUGACUCAAAAGCAAUCUGUAGUCGAUGGUGUACACCCAAUCUGCAAGUCCGACGCCGCCAGCCGCACUCCUGUAUCUUACUAGGCAUGAGUGACGUUCCAUUUUUUGAUUGUGUACUAGUAUCACAGGCCGCCUGUCUUGGACGUUCCAUGAUUAUACAAUGUACGUUACGGAGUACAGUUACUGUCGAACGUGAUUGGACCCCAUUAUCUUCAGUGUCAUCAUGACUGUCCUUCUCAAGUCGAGAAAGUCUUGAUCUAGACAGUAGCAUAUCCAAUGUUCUGAUUUUGCUUUCCGUUUUCUUUUUUUCUUUUUUGUGAAAUCCUUUUAGAGACAACAUCAAUUUUGUGCCUUUGAUUUCUGCUAGUGCGACUAAUUGCUAAGAUAUGUCCCGCACGAGUCCUGCACGAGUCCUGAUUGUAUUAUUGUAUAAUUAUCAUUCAAUAGACAUAAUUAUUAUUUGUUAUGAAGAUCGGUUGCAUAUUAGUUGCA